UACAUAUAUUUGUUCAUAUCUCUCAAGUUUCUACUUUCUAGCAGCAUACCAAGAUGCAAGUGAUGAAAUCUGCCACUCAAGUGGAAGCAACACCGCCGCCACCGUCGUCAAUUUCUCUAGGGCUUAACAAGAUGAGAUCCUAUGAGAUGGUGCACCACCUAGUGUCGUGCAACGCCGUUGUGGUGUUCAGCAUGAGCGACUGCUGCAUGUCCACCGUCGCCAAGCGCCUCCUCUUCAGCCUCGGCGUCGGCCCAACCGUGGUGGAGCUUGACGAGCAGGCCGAUGGCCCCGGCAUCCGGUCCGUUCUCUACCAGCUCGCCGGGUCCCACCAGCCUGUCCCCGCCGUCUUCAUCGGCGGCAAGUUUCUCGGUGGGGUGCAAACCCUCAUGGCCAGCCACAUUAACGGCACCCUGGUUCCUCUCCUCAAAGAAGCUGGGGCACUCUGGCUUUGAAGUAAUCAUAUAUUAGUGAAGCCACACCUCAACUCAAAAAUAGGUUAUGUUAUAUAUAUGGGAUCUAGUCAUGCAAUUGAUAGAUGAAUAUGAAUAUAAAUAUGAAUAGCUAGGUGAAUAGGUGUUACUCAAGUUUAUGUAGUUAAUGUGGGGGAUUAUUCUGAAUAUGUGUAGCAAUGUCUACAUAUUACAAACGGUAAGAUGACUAAUAGAUCAUUCUAUAUAAUCCACCAGUAUUUUGAUUCAAUAGACUGUUUUCACAAA